AUGAAGUUACAAGUGUCUGGAGCCAACAUCAAGGAUGACACAGCGACAUUGACAAGUGUGGGUAUUUGCCGUAACUCUACGAUUGUACUCAACGGAGAGCAAGUGGAUGAAACAGAAGUAAAACAGGUCGUCUCUGGUAAUCCAGAAGAGUAUGCGCUUGUUCAAAGGAUCUCAAAGAUUGUGGACACAAUAACUGCAGAAACAGAAAGAGAAAUAACUGAAUUUGAGCAAUUAGCACAAGUAAAAGAACUGUCAGACGAUGAAAAGAAAAAAUUGCAGGACAAAGGAAUCUACCUGUCAGAAAAGAUGAUGCAGUGUCUCAUCAGUUUAGAUGCAGUUGAAUGUCCCAUGGGCUUUGAAACUGCUCGACAACGUAGAAGAGAAGGCGUACGAUAUUCCCAAAAGUUAUUGGGCCGUGUAGAUAAAGCCAAAGCUGUGAUGAAUACAAAUAAAUAG